AUGUAUAAAAGAUCACAUCAAGUUAAUUGGGAUCACGCACCUAAAUUUAUCGAUUGGUAUCCAUCUAAAACACAAGAUAAAAGAGAUUCAUACUGUUGCACUGGUUCUGGUGAAAUUCCAUACCCUGAAAUGAUCUUAAUGGUAGUUGUAGUGUCAUUUUGGUGUUCUAUAGUUAUUUGUGCUUGUGUUGCAAUAUGUUCGCCUAAUCAUCCUGUAAUUAACAACGAUUUUAAUAUGAUGUCAUUACAACAAUCAACCCAAUCGAGACCUUUCCUAAUGUCUUCAAUGACGACCGUACAAAAUAUGAAUACUGCUAAUUUAAAUUUAAUUGAACCCACACCAAGAAAUUCAAUUGUUUCAACAGAACAACCACCGCCAGAAUGCAAUAAUUACAAUAUUAGAGUAGCUACAACAAAUGAAAUUGAACAAUUAAUUCCAGACGCACCUCCGGCAUACGAUGCUUUGGUACAAUCAAACUCGACAACAAUUAUAAUAGAACAACAUAAUUUACCACCACCAACCUAUGAUGAUUUUAUUCGAAAAAAUAAUGCAAAGUGGAGAAAAAUGAAUAACUUUUAA